GACACGAUCCAAACACUAACUAAAGAAAGGAAACUCAUCACAAGAAAUAUAGCUCCAAGAAGAAGAACACAGCCGUCUAGGAGGUUUUCAUAUCAAUAAAAUUUUCGAAGUAUUUGUGUAUAAGAUGCAGUGACUUCUACCUGGGAUCUGAUUAAAUCAGCCAUGAACGUAUGGGGAUUGUCCAGAGUAUUUGAGUGGCUAGGAGUAAAUGUUCAAUGGAUAGCAGGCAAUUGAGGUAGCAGACUUAUCAUUGAUGAGUCUCAAAUUCUCAAUCCCCAUCAAAAUAUAAUUGUCUCAAUUUCAUUUUUACAUUAUAUCAAAUUAGUUGUUUCAUUUUCUUUUUUGAAAAUAUAUCUACCCUAAAAAUAGUUGUGUUAAGCGGUCAUUGCUCAGAGAAUUUUCUUCUGUGAACUCAAUGAAAAAACCAAAGCGGUGAAGAUCAAGAAUGAAUGUACAACAUCCAAGGGUACACUAUAAUAAAGUAUAUAAUACAUUUACAAUUACAAUACAAAAAGCGCUUACUUUUGGAAAAUGUACAUUGAUUUGAUAUAAAUGGAGUGUGUAAGAGUAUCUUCCAUGCUUUUAAUGCAUUGGUGAUGAUGCGAUUAAAAAAUAAAGAGGGUCUAUUUGACACGUGGGCCAAUCUUUAACUAAAAGAAGGGUGACAUAAGAACUAAAUAAGAAAACUAAAUUGAAUAAGAAAGAGAAAGCUUCAUAAGGGGCGGAGGGUGGCACCACAGGUCCAAAGAUGACCUUAUUCUAGACCUUAGUCCAUUUUUUAAAUUGUCAUAUCAGCUAGACUGAAUCUUAUUUAUUAUGCAUUGAAGAUGACAUUUACAUUUCAAACGUGCAUUCCAUGAGGUAGAAAUACAAUACGCAUUUUCAUUAGAUCGAUUGAGUCACCAUGACUUAUAAUCUCACAAAUGUCUUGUUAGAGCAUUUCCAAUAAGAACGUGGAUUGUAGAGCUUUAAGGCUAUGUUUGAUAGAACGAGCUGAAGCUGGAGACUAUUGUCUGAAUUAUGGGCUAUUGUCUAAUCAAAGAUUAUUGUCUGGAGCUGAACUUUGAAGUGUUGAAUCUGAACUCUUAGCUGAAUGAAGUAGACCCGUUUGGCAAAAAAAGCUGAAAAUUGUCCGACUAAAAUGAAAUUACAUUAAAGGACAUAUGAUUAACUAAUGCAAUAAAUAUUUAUUAUAAUGCUUUUAUAAGUUAAUAAAUAUUGAGAUUGUAGUAAAUAUUUAUAUGUGUGUAUAUGCAUAUAUACACACACACACACAUAUAUAUAUAUAUAUGUGUGUGUGUGUGUGUGUGUAAAUAUAUAAUGUAAAAACUGCUACUGAUUUUCUGGACGGUAUAGAAUGAAAGAUUAAAAUUUGUUGACUAUUAGAAAUAUAACAUGGAAUCCGCAAAAAAAAAAAAGAAAUAUAGCUUGGAGAAAGGACAGAGAGAGCAGAUGGAGUAUAGUAGAGAAAGAUAACUUGUCGAUUGUGGAGGAAAUAGGAUUUGUAUUCGUAGGGAAUGAGGGAAUAAGUAAAAUCUGGAGGGAUCUAUGUUGAAACUUGGGCGAUCAAUCAAAGAAGAAAAGGUGUUGAGAGCUGUGGCGUGAGAUUGAACAGGGAUAUAUCGGAAAUGGAGAGUCUGGAACGAGGCGGCUAAAUCUAAACGUUACCUUCCUCAACGUUUCAGUUCAGCCCUAUUAUUUGAGAUUAAGCCCAGUUCAACCCUAUUAUUUGAGAUCAAGCCCAGUUCAGCCCCCCAAACAAAUAUGACUAUUUUAAUCAAAACUGACUGAAUUUUAAAGAUUUCAGCCCUUUUUUAGCUGAAGCAGCUUGCCAAACAUAGCCUAAAUGUGGACACAUCACUGCAUGAACAUGCUAUUGAAAAGGAUAUGGGAUGAGUUGGCCAAACACAAAGACAAAACAAAAUUCAUUCUCCAACCUAGCCGUAUCCCCGUCUACAUGAUGAACGUGAGGGGGCUCGCUGACUUGAAGAAGAAAAAGUCCUCCAAGGCCCCGAGGGCAACGGAUGCUGGUGUCCCAAAACCCGCCGGUGACUUCUUUAAGAAGCCGGAGGGGCCAUCGGCGGCCCCAUAUACUGAUGCUGCUUCUUCUGUCAAGAGGAAAGGCGCGUGCAAGGCUCCCGAUAGCAAAAAGCCCAAGACCGGGGAUGCCGGGAAGAAAAGUCCCCCGGUGGUCAUUGUUGACGAUUGCCCCGCCUCCGGGGUGCACGAGGAGAUGACGAUGGCCGAAGUGCCGGGGGGCGCCCGGGAGCCGUCUUCCGAGGUCCUGACGGUUUCCCUCCCGGUUGGUACGGCCGUGAUGAAUGGCACGACUGACCCGAGGGUGCUCCUGAGAUUGACAGAGCAGCCAUCGGGGCUGAUGAUGAUCAAGCCCUUGAGGACAGGAUCCUCCGGUCUUCCCUCACGACCUGCAUUGCCCUCGGAGAGCAGGCCCGACGGCUAGAGGAGUGGCGUCUUCGCAAGGCUGAGCAGGAUGCCAAGAUGCGGGAGCUCAUCCGCUAGAAUUCCGAUGCCAUCCGGCAGAUGGCUAUGCUGGAGGAGAGCCUUCGGCAGAUGACCCUGCGGGCGGAGGCCGCAGACCGGGGCAAGGCUGAGGCUGAAAGGUCCGCAGCUGUGGCCCUUGAGAGAGCUGCUAGGGAGGCCGAGGCCGCCAAGGUGGAGGCCAUCGAGAGAGCCCGAGGGGAUUCCAUCUCUGGGUUCUUGGCAGGGGGUGGCGAGCUGAGGAGCACAAGCAAUGGCUGUCCUCGGUCGUCGAGUCCUCGGUCGACGAGUGGUGCGAUGGGCCCGGUGUGGAGUGGGUUUCCCGAAAGGGUAAACAAUAUUAUGAUGGGGGCGAGUUUUUCACUCAAGCCCUUAUCUACCGGAGGAUGGCCCGCCACCUGAAGAUCGAGCAAAAGGACUUCGACCCGGCGGCAUACGCCCCCUGCAGCCAGACGUUCGUGUUCCUCUCCCCUCCGACGUCGAGAGGCCAGACCUGGAGGAUACCGAGCUCAUGAAGGAGGCCGAGGGUGACGAACCUGAGGCUGGCACAGAGGUCACUUCGAAGCCAUCGGAGGAGACGGCCCCCGGGAAUGUUAACUUGUAAUUUUUUAAUUUAACAUGUUUUGAACAAUCCCUUUGUAAUGAAUGCUUGUGUGCCCUCGGCCUUCGGCCUUCUGUAACUUUGAAUUUAUUUUCUUUGGUGAAUGAAUACACGCCCCCGGGCUUUUGGUAUACAAACCCUUUAAUUCAUUUCUUCUCGGAUGUAUGUCGUCGUUUUCUUUUGAAUGUAUGCCUUCGCUUUUCUGAGUGUAUGCC